CGGGGCGGAUCACGCAGCGCGGGACGCCAAUGACGUGGCGGGGGCGGGGCCCGCAGCUGAGUGGGGCUGGGCGUACGGUGGCCGGGGUGGGGACGGAGCCCGGGAGCAGCGAUCAGAAUGCCUUAUAAGGCAGGAGAGUUAUGAGCUCGAAAGGCAAGAAGCGGGUGGUUCUGCCGACCCGGCCUGAACCACCCACCAUGGAACAGAUCCUCGAGGACGUCAGGAGCACCCAGCCAUCCGAUCCCAUGUUUGUCCUUAUAGCAGAGGUCAAUAAAGACUUACCAGCCCCUGGGAAGGAGGAGGAUUCUGAAGUGAAGACCGAGCGCCUGUACCAGCAGAGUCACUCUUAUGUACAGAUGAACCAGCGGCUGCAGAAGGUCUGCAGUCUGCUGAAAGAGAAGUGCAUAGAGCUGAAGCAGGCGGGCAUGACUUUGGAACAGAAUAUCGUGGAAAUUAAGGAAAAGGCCUUGUGAGGUUGUCUGGCCUCUCUGGAAUGCCGAGAGAUUGGGAGCAGAGACAAAAAGCUGGCCCAGGAGGGUCUGAUCUCGACUGUCAAAAAGCCCCGCCUCCUAGUCCUGACGAACUUCUCAAUGUGUGUUAGACUUUCACAGACAUCCUCAGUGUGGCUUCUUGUUUCUGUGUCUAAAUCAUAGGGCCAGAAAGCCACCCAGCCAGAUAACCCUGAUGUGUGCUUUGAUUUAAUGGAAGAUCUGUCACUGCUGCAUAUUGCCUGGAAUCUCCAAGAACCAGCCAAGCCUCAUGAAUGCAGCUUCACAAGAGUUGCCCCUCGUGCUCAUUGGAAACGCUAAGGGGUAUGUGAGGGUGGGUUUCAUCUUUAAAGCUAAAAAUGCUACAGGAUCUGCCUCCAUAGCCUUUUCCCAGUGGGCAGCCCUGAUCUUGUUGCUCAUGUUCGGAAGGGACUCUUGGACCAGGCGCCUUGUUGAGCCAUUAGGAGAACCUGAUACCAGUUUCCAAAUGGCAAGCUUGAACCUGACCUGGCUGGGGUAAGCGUGGGCUCCAGGAAGCCGCUGACUUUUUGUAAGCUGCGUGUCACUGUCUCAGGUGCCCAUGGUGACUGUUGGCAUGACGUCCCCCUCGCCCUCCAGGUUUACCUAUGACUUCUCCAUCUGGUACUGCCUCCAUGAUGACAAUAUUGCUUCCUGCAUCUCCAUGAUGCUGAAAAAGCAAGGCCUCCAAGGUUAUGCCGAGCACCAGGACCAGGUGGCAGGGACAUCCAUUCUCAUGACAGCCACUGAGGUCAUCCAGGCCAGCAGGGUCGCUAUCGUCAUCUUGUCGGCCAGCUCGCUGGACGACCCCUGGUGUCAGCGUGUCGUGGAGUGGAACCUGCAUCAUGUGAUAGAGCGGGAGGGGACGAAGAUUAUCCCGGUUUACGUGGAUGUGGAGAAAGAGCAAGUGCCUCUGGUUUUAAGGCAUCUUAACGAACUUGACUACAGAAACAAAUUCUUCGAGCGGAGGCUGCUGGAGAGCUUGAAGAGCAUCAGACCUGCAGCUGGCCGAGCGAGGGCUGUGUGCCCCUCCAAAGCAGCCAGCACUAAAAGCAGAGUCAGCCGAUAGCAACUGGGAGAAACUGAGCCCAGUGGACUUGGCUUUGGUUGAUUCCUGCCAGGAGUGAUGUGCUGUUUCUUGCCCUGUCCAUUUGGCAUCCGGGGUUUGCUGUGGGUCCCGGUGUGGUGUUGGUGGUGAACUAAUCUGCUUGGCUUUGCACCUAGACUCGACCCCCAUGAGAAUACUUAGAAAAUAAAGUGGUUGCUGGUGGGAGUUUGCUAUUAAAAUGCAGUGGGAAUCGAUAUGGAAUGUGAGCCACAGCCCCAGGUCUCCUAAAUAUCGUUAUUAAUAAACUCUUAUUAAAAUCCAUUCCUCAGAAAA